AGAAAGUGGUCGAUUACGAUAGCGGUAAACCGACUGAACAGGAGAUUAGCGAGGUAGCCACAAAAACAGAGUUGACUGAAUUGACUGCUCGGGAUACGGAUCUGUCCAAACCGUCCGGUGUGGAUCAAGACCGUCUUUUGGACGUUACCAAGGAGGAAGGGGAUGAGGAUGUGAACCAAGUGAAAAUGGAGAAGAACAAAAAGAAACAUAAAGUGCGCGAAGAUAAAGUGGAAAAAGAGCAAUGCGAUAAACUGCAAUCGACGGAAGACCGGAAACAAGAGGCGAGUUUAACGGAACCGGACUAUUUGUCCCGAGAACUAGAUGGGGAUGUUAUUGAUCGAGAAUCUCGAUCAUCAAAGAAAGAUAAACGCCGGUACAAGGAAACAGCAGAGGAGUCAACAAUUGAGAUGGAUCGUGUUCGUAAUGCAUUAGAAGAUCUCGAGCCACAAUCAGAGUUUAUCGUCCCCGUUUCAGUUAAACCAUACCAAGUAGAGGAUUCUGAACUCGUAAUGACCGCCUUUCCUCUGGACUCAGCGGAACCGCACAAGCUACCCAUCACAGUGGAGUGUGCAAACGAACUAUCCGGUCGAUAUUCCGUCCAAGUGCUUGAAGGUACUCCGUUGUGUUUAGAACUACGGGAUGUUCCACGCGACACGAUUCGUGCAGUUUGGUCAAAAGGUGGACAUACCACCAUCCAAGACUCACUGAUUGAUCGACCGGUUCCGGAUGGGGAACAGACAAGGGAAUCGAUUGAUACUAGUCCGGACCCGAAUAGGAAUCGUUUACAAUUUACCUCAUUUGUCUCAGAGGACACGGAUGUGUAUCGACUUGAAUUAUACAAAACAACCACACAGAAGCCGAAAACGAGGCAGGAGGAGGCGGAGGCGGAGGAGGAGGAGGAACCUUGCACUUCUGAAGAACCGGAGUUCGAACUUCUGACGAGUAUAGAAAUCCCGAUUACAUGUGUCAAGCCACGGCCGAUUCCGCCCGGAAGUCAAGAGAAACCACACAGAUUGUUCAAUCCGGUGGAAGAUUUGUGCACCAACUUGAAUAAUCCUGUUCGGGAAACAUCCCUUGUGUGCCUGACUGUUCGAUGCCCAAAUUAUGGUUUGGAGCUGGCCAAUUCCGAUUUUGAGUGGCUGUGCGACGGUCAACCUAUCGGAAUUAAUCAACUGGAUAAUGAUCAUCCUGACCAGAUUUGCGAAAACAGUUCAACCACCAGUCUAGUCAAACUAAUCCUACCGAGUGUUCGAAAAUCGGACAGUGGUCAGUACACGGUUCGACUCAGUCCGGAAGGUCGAGCACGAUUGGAACGAGCAAUGGAAGACUGUUACACUCCCGAUGCACUGCCCAUCAUCACGGAUCAGCACUCGUCCUAUGUUUUUCCUCGUCUACGCGUUCAACCACUACUUCCGGAAAGAGAAUUGGCCGAGGACGAGAAAGAUGCAUCCACGUUCUUUGAUAAAGGUCUCCCGUUGCAUAGUUCAUUUCGUGAAGCUGAACGAGCUUCUUUGGAAGUGCGUGUGAAUCCUGGAGUUCGUAUACAAGAUUACACAUGCCUGAGACAACGGCAGAUUUUAGUUNGUUUGGGAAACACCUUGUCCAUGUCAUUUCCACACAUUCGGCCAGAUUUGGCGGGCAAUUACGAGAUCUGGGUGCUGGGUGAUCAGAACGCAUUCACUUCGCGCACUCAUGUGGAUGUGCAGGCCAGAAGAGAUCGGGACACAGGAUACAGAGUCACGACAGCCGAUGGUCUGAAACCUUUGUUCACAAAACGAUUACAAGAUUGUGAAGUGGAUGUCGGUGAUUGCGUCCGGUUCACUGCGCGUGUAAUGGCUGAGCCGGCGGCUGCGAUUGUGUGGAAACAUAACGGACAGGUAGUGACCGGCGAUUAUCGCAUUCGACUGUUCAAUGACGACGCAAAUCCCUCGCUCACAAUUCGACAAGUUCGACCGAAGGAUCGUGGACGGUACAGUUGCAUUGCGACCAAUGCACUCGGCCGUGUGGAAACCGAGGCAUUCCUUCACAUUCUAGGUGUUGAACAUGUGGACCAUAUGGACUACGACAAGGAUUGGGAAGACGAGGAACCCUUGAAAACGGAGAUAAGAAAACCUGUCACUGGUAAGUACCAUCUCCGGCCCACCUUUUUAUUUAUCGGCAAACCAAACUCAAAUUAA